UUGUGCCCCCUGAUGACUACUAGGUUAGGAUAAUUGGCUGGAAUCUCUUUAGGCAGAAGUAAUGGACCCUUCAAUGUCAUCCAUGCAAGACUUCCUUCUGCACCUCCUGAAGCAUCUGAAUGAUCACCGAUGGAAGUAGGACAUUGAGAUAGAAGGAACAUUAGAUCGAACUUGCUAUACAAUUUCUAUGCUCUUAGUAAGAAUGAAACAUCAGAUAUCAGCAAAAAACGAGGUGGGAAAACCUUCUGUUCUGACCCCUUGCUUCUUAUCUCAUGCUAUAUCUUCCUUUUGGGGCUGGGAUUUAUUGGUGAGUCAGGCUUGGAGGAACCUGCUUCUGCUAGGAUAACAACCCCUCUUUGAAGAAGAGGAGAGGAGGAGGAGGAGAAGGAAUCCCGGGGAACAGGUUUAAGUUUCCCUGUCUGUUCAGACUGGAUGGCUUCUGUAAAACUCCACCCAUCACCGCAGCCUAUAAGUUCCCCAAAUUUGUCGCCCGCAUUUCAGUAUUAUUGCACCGUCUCUUCUUGUCGUUUUCCAGUUUGGGGUUUUUUAAAUACAUUUUUUUGCCUCCUUGGCUGUAGCUGCUCCAAGAAGCAGGAGGAGAACGCCAUGGCUUCCAUGGGGAUGCAAGUCUUGGGGAUUGCCUUGUCAGUGAUCGGCUGGCUAGGUAGCAUCCUCUGUUGUGGGUUGCCGAUGUGGAGGGUGACAGCCUUCAUAGGCAAUAACAUUGUGGUGGCCCAAAUUAUUUGGGAGGGCCUAUGGAUGGACUGUGUAGUCCAGAGCACGGGUCAGAUGCAAUGCAAGAUCUACGAUUCUAUGUUGGCACUGGCGCAGGACAUGCAAGCUGCUCGGGCUCUGGUAGUCAUUGCCAUCGUGCUGGCCAUCAUUGGCAUCUUCUUCUCCAUCACUGGGGGAAAGUGCACCAGCUGCGUGGAAGAGGAAGCUACCAAAGCCAAGGUGAUGAUCUUCUCUGGAGUCCUCUUCAUCAUCUCCAGCAUCGUGCUUCUGAUUCCACUCUGCUGGACAGCAAACAACAUCAUACGAGAUUUCUACAACCCCAUGAUCCCAGAGAGCCUCAAGCGGGACUUGGGGACUUCUCUCUAUAUUGGCUGGGCCGCCUGUGGCCUGUUGCUCAUCGGAGGAGCGCUACUGUGUUGCAACUGCCCCCCCAGGCAUGAGAAACCCUAUUCGACAAAGUACACAGCAUCUCAAGCAGUGCCAACCAGCAACUACGUCUAAGCCAUUCUUCCUCCCUCAUCGGUCUUGGGGACUUUGCACCAUGGAGGGACUAAGUGGAGCAGUGUGAGGAGGGACCAUCCUUUUACAUCCUUUGGAUUCGGUGUAGCAGCAGGGAAGCCUGGCAUAUUUCAUCCAGGUUUGGAAAGCAGGGAUUCAUUUCUUGCAUUCACCUGUUUGAACAAAUAUCUCUCAAGGACCAGAGUCUGACAGAUGCUCCUAACAAAACUGUACUGAAAACUGGAUUCUGUGAGAUUAAUGGAAGACUAGUCACCUUCAAACUCACCAGGAUCAUAGCCAGCUCAGCAGCAGCAACAACAACAGGGAAGCUUGAAGUGGGGUGGAUGCUUGCUGGACUUCCAGACGCCCUUUGACACUUGUUUAGAAGCAUUUGAUGGUGGAUAUAGACCUGGUGUGUGAUAGUGGCAAGAACAGUCAUUGGUGGGGGUGGAGAGCAAGGGUAUAAGCCCCCUCUAAUUGCUGGCUGUUUCUUUGUAUUUGGAAAUCUGGGUAGGAAAGAGUGUCCAUCAAGUUUGGUUUCUGGCUCUCUUUCCAUAACUGUAUGUUCCAUUAUUUGCAAGCACUCUUGUAGUUAUUUUGAUACUUUCUGAAAACCGGAAGCUCUCUGGGAAGGCCCCCGUUCACUUACCUUUCUUAAAUUACUGCAAACUCUUUAAAAGGAUGCAAUGAUUAAGCAGAACUAUAUCUAGGUUUGCAGGUUGUGGAGGUCUAGGAGGAGGAAACUCAAACUGUGGGAUAAUUAGUUUCUGGGCUGUCAGACAAUGAGUUGAGAAAGGAGAAGUAGACCCGGUUUAUUUGAGAUCUUCAGAGAUAUGAUAGGAAGUUUGAAUUCUGCAACAUAGGGAAGAGAUUGAAUAACAACAAUGUGCCUUUUUAAUGCCUUGCAUGGAUUAAUUUAAACCCAGAGUUAAACCAGUAUUGAAUGCUUGAAUACAGGUGUAAAUCUAAUCUGAGGGAGGGAUGAUCUUAAAAAAAGACACUUUGAGACUGGCUACUGGGAUGGUAUUUCUGUUCCUUUAUAAAGUACUGUCUCAAUUCUGUUGAGACUGAACUGAGUGUCUCCAAUGCCAGUUGGCAAUUUGGGAAUGAUGGACUAGUGUUAAAUAGGACCAAGUAUAUUAAAAAAGAUAUAUUUCCACCUUUCUUCCACUCAGGGCUGGAUUUGAAGCAGACUCUUUGGAAGAUUAUCCUCAGCUAAUUUUGAAUACCAGGGGGCUUGUGAAAUAAAGGAAAAUGUCUCUGGGCAUAGGCAGAAGUCAGGUUUUAUUAUCGUUCUUAUUAUUUAAUGGAGAGUCAGACCAUCAUUUAGAAUGGAUUGCUCUCCAGAAUAAGAUUUUGUCAAAUUUUCCAAAUGGGUGUGUAGCUCUCCUUUGACAAAUGCACUAUUUGCAGAGCCCAGAGGUGUUACACACUUGUUCCUCCCUUGCAGAGAUGCUGAAGAAGGAAAGAAAAGUCAAUUCUUACAUUAGAACUGGUUUUUUUUCAUAUUUUAUGUGUGAGAUUUUAUUGUUUAUCAAUUGCUUUGAGUGUGUGUAAAAGCAGUCUACAAAUAUUUUAAUUAUAAGCACA